AUGACGACCGGAGGCAAGAGCAAUCUGCUGCUGCUGCUGCUAUGCACGUUUCUUUUUCCACGGUUUGAAGUCAAUGCACUAUCCUAUGACUACUCGGCCAGCAUCGAGUGUUUGGAAAACCCUCACAAACCCCAGUAUGGUGGAGGAAUCAUCGUAAACCCUGAACUAAAUCACGGCUUGAGAGGCUGGUCUACUUUCGGUAAUGCAAAACUCCAGCAUAGAGAAUCACAGGCAGGCAACAAAUUCGCUGUGGCUUGUAACAGAAACCAACCACAUGCUGGUAUUUCUCAAAAGACUUAUUUGCAAGGAAACAAGCUUUAUACUUUCUCUGCUUGGAUACAAGUGAGUGGUGGCAGAGGCGUUCCGGUAACAGCUAUUUUCAAGACUAGUUCUGGAUCAUUCAUCCAUGCUGGUGCUAUUGUUGCAGAAUCCAAUUGCUGGUCCAUGAUGAAGGGUGGCCUAACUGUGAAUGCAUCAGGCCCGGCUGAGCUUUAUUUUGAGAGCAAGAACACAUCGGUUGACAUUUGGGUUGAUAGUGUCUCGUUGCAACCGUUCACCGAAAAGGAGUGGAAGUCUCAUCAUGAUCAAAGCAUUGAGAAGAAUCGAAAGAGCAACGUGAGAAUCCAAGCAGUUGAUGCAGAAGGAAACCCUCUACGGAAUGCCACAAUCUCCAUCCAACAAAAGGCUCCCAGCUUCCCUUUCGGAUGCGCUAUGAACAAGAACAUUCUCGCCAAUACUGCUUACCAAAACUGGUUCACUUCAAGGUUUGGAGUGACAACUUUUGAAAAUGAAAUGAAAUGGUACAGCACAGAAAAUUCACAGGGGAAAGAGGACUACUCGGUGGCUGAUGCCAUGCUUCAGUUUGCUAAACAACACAACAUUGCAGUCAGAGGCCACAAUGUGUUCUGGGAUGAUCCCCAGUACCAACUUGGUUGGGUUACAUCACUCGAUAAACAUCAACUGGCUCUGGCUGCUUUCAAGAGGUUAUAUUCUGUCAUGAACAGAUACAAGGGCCAAGUUAUCGCAUGGGAUGUCGUUAACGAAAACUUGCACUUUGAUUUCUUUGAAAGUAAGUGGGGUAAAAAUUCUUCAGCCAUCUUAUACAAUUGGGCGACUAAAGCUGAUGGAGAAACCACCUUGUUCAUGAAUGAAUUUAAUACCAUUGAGGAGAGCGAGGAUGGAGACUCCACCCCGGCUAAGUACCUUCAAAAGCUUAGAGAUAUACAAGCCUUUCCCGGUAACAACAACUUAAAGAUGGCAAUAGGACUCGAGUCUCAUUUCAGGAGUCCUAACAUUCCUUACAUAAGAUCUUCUAUUGAUACUCUGGCUGCUGCAAACCUGCCAAUCUGGAUAACAGAAUUGGAUGUCCAAAGCGGUCCGAAUCAGGCAUGGUACUUGGAGCAGAUCAUGAGGGAGGUAUAUACUCACCCUAAAAUUCAAGGAAUUAUUAUUUGGGCAGCAUGGAGACCAGAAGGAUGUUAUAGAAUGUGUUUAACAGACAACAAUUUCAAGAACUUACCAACUGGUGAUGUUGUCGACAAGCUGCUAAGUGAAUGGGGUUUGAAGGCUGGCUUCGCCUCUUCUGCUACAACAGAUACUAAUGGUGUCUUUGAGGCCUCCCUUCCCCAUGGAGAUUAUGAAGUGCAAAUCACUGACCUGGAAUCUGUGAAAGUUUCUAACGCUAUGGUUCAGGGAUUGAAUGUGGCAGCAAGUUCCAGUGCAUCCCAACAACCAUUGCUGGUCCAACUUGCUGCAUAA